GGAAAAGUUUGGUUAUGUUGUGUUGACGAGUUGAAUUGAGGAGGAGAACUGAGAAGUCGUAGAGUCACGAACUGCGUUCUAUGUCAAUUAUUUAUCAUUUCUUGACGUUUAAGUUUAAACAUACCAGUGAUAGUGUCGCCGAUCCAAAAUGGAUUAUGAAUCAGCGGAGACGUUGCUGUCGAUUAAGAACGGUGGUUACCCAUCGGUGGAUCAGAUUCAGAUUAAAACGGAGAUUGAGGAUGACAUGAUGGACAUAGAGGAGCACCAGAUAUCGGCAAAUUCUCUUGACUCGAGUAUGGAGGCUGAGCCAAUUGACGACGAUGACGACGAGGACAACCAUGAAGCAAUGCCGGAACUUGGACCAGCGGCUCUGGGCCUUCAGCGGGUCGGUACGCAACCUCCUCGCAAAAGCAAACCGCCCACGCAGCCGAUUCAAGUCCUCAAUCGCAGGGGAAUGCCGGCUCGGAUAAGAAAAAAGAACAAGCUCUUUUACGACGACAUCAUGGUCAAUCAUCCUCAUCACAGUAGAAUAAAAAAAGAACCGGGCAGCUUGGAAGUGAAACCAUCGCCGAAGAAGAUGGGGCGUCCUUCGCCAGCGAAGAAAAUGUUGAGAAUGAAUAGUGGUGACUCGAUGAAAAAAAGCAGCAGCAGCAGCAGCAGUGGCGGCAAUUCAUCGAUCAGAGAGACCUCUUAUCAGCAGUCGCCGAUGAAAGAGGAGAGGGAGCAGACCAGCAGUAGUAGCAGUAGUAAACCAGUGAUGAUCAAGAUGCAGCAUCAACAGCACCAACAGCAGCAACAACAGCAACAGCAGCAGCAACAGCAGCCUUCUUCACCCGACAGACGAAUUGGUCAAAAAAUUGGAAUGAGACUCAGGAAUUUGUUAAAGUUGCCAAAAGCUCACAAGUGGGUCUGUUACGAGUGGUUCUACAGCAACAUAGACAAAACCCUCUUCGACGGGGACAACGACUUCAUGAUAUGCUUGAAGGAAUCGUUCCCGCAAUUGAAGACGCGAAAGCUGACUCGAGUCGAGUGGUGCAAGAUCAGGAGGAUGAUGGGGAAGCCUCGACGGUGCUCGCAGUCCUUUUUCGAGGAGGAGAGACGCGAGCUGGAGCGGAAGAGACAGAAGAUUCGAAUGCUGCAGCAGAGAAAGUGCUCGGACGUGCAGAUGUUCAAGGACUUGCCCUCGGAGAUUCCUCUGCAGUUGGUCAUUGGGACGAAAGUUACUGCGCGACUCCGAAAGCCGCAAGACGGCUUGUUCACGGGCAGCAUUGACGCCGUCGACACCAGCAACAACACCUACAGAAUCACCUUCGAGAGAGCCGGACUUGGUACUCACAGUGUGCCCGACUAUGAAGUUUUGGGAAACGAGCCUCCAGAAACGAUAACAGUGGCAUCGUUUGCACGCAAGUUUCGACCGAGUCAUGUGCAGUACGUGCCCUCGCCUCCGUACAUGAGCAAACUGAAUUGUAGCAGCAACAGCAACUCGCACAACAACUCGUCUCGGUUGUCGAGCAGCGGCGAUCCUCUGAUAUCCUCCUCGAACGCCGCCUCCUCCUCGAUCCCGAAAAAGUCGCAGAUGGGCGGCACGAUGAACGGAUAUCCGGUCAAACUGCUCGAGAGCAUGGUCCGACUCAGGAAAAUAUUGUCCGAGAAGAAGAUCAAGGUUCAGAAACUCAAGGAGAUGAACACGGAGUGCGAAAUGAGGAGAUCCCUGGGAGAACCUCUGCCUCCGGAAUUCGAGAGGAAAUACGCUAGAAUUGUUGUGGAACUGGAGAGAAUGAAUUUGGCGCUGCAGGAUUUCCUGAACGAGGUUCAGGACAUGUGCCUGGACAUGGCUCCGGAACCGAGCGUCGCAGCAAUGCUGGCGCCUUCUCAUCUCCGAGAGAAGUGCAGGCAAGAGGCUUCUGACAUGGUCGCCAAAAACAAUAUGAUCAACGACAAGGAACCGAACAAAAUGACCCAGCUCGUCACUGACCUCACGGCCCUCAUUCUUCAAGUUAAGUGUCUCUCGGACUCGGACAAGAACGCCUAUGAAUUGCAAGUCCUCCAGGGCACAAUGGAGCAAAUAAAGUCGAAAUUGGCUCCGCAGAAUCUCCAAGUUUUCCAGAACUGUGUGGAAGUCCACAUGCAACACAUACAGCUGGGGUUGGGACAACUCGGCGCUCUCACGCCUUUCAUGACGCAGAAAACUUAGCACUGCAGAUGACAAAAAGAACACACACUGCUUAAUCGUUGAGAUGAAAAUCUACCUGGAUUCUGAAUCAUUAUCAUCAUCUUUAUCAAGGCAAGGCAAAGCAAAACAAGACAUAUGGUAUCAAUCGGCUAAAAAACAUGACUCUACCAUAGAUUAAUUAAUUAUUCUCAAAUUCAGAUUUAUUAUAUAGUUAGAAAAAAAAGUUUUGCAUUACGAGUUUAGAUUGAUACGUAUUUUUAAUUGAAAAAUUUGAAUCCUUGUUUGCUCACUUGCUGACUUGCAUACUGUUUUCUACUCGAUUGAAUAAAUCUUUUAAUUGAUGAUUUAAUCUCUAAAACGCUAGAAAGGUACAAUCCAUUUAUCUGUGAAAUUGGCACUGGGAGCUGAGUGAAGUGAAGAUCAUGCCCUGUUUUUUUUGUAUUUAAUACUAUAUAUGUAUAAUUUACGACGUGUAAAGAUUGUAGUACCUAUAUAGUAAUAAUAAUAGUAAUAAUGUUUAUACAUUUAAGUCUUACAUUCUAUUCGAUUUUUAUUUUGUAUAUAAAACUGCUGCAUCUAGGAAUGUUUGAGAAAAUAUUGCCAAAAUGACGAGCCGAAAGUGCAACAUUUUUUUGUAUUAUCAUCAUUCUUAGCUGUGUCUAUGAUACACAGAUUUCGCUAUUUAAUCGGCGACAAGAGAAGAGCUAUUAGACAAACACACUCUCGUCUUUAUCCACGUCGCGCACGGUGGCUUUUGCUUUUUAAAUUUGUCUUCUUAAGUACCAAUCACAAAACCGCAGACACGCAAACAGAAAAGAAAAAACAUCACUCUUUUUUUUAAUAAUUCGAUGUAAACAUUUUUAGUUUAUUUAGCCAGGAAACUCUUGGAAAUUAAGAGAACGCAGCACCCGAUCGACAAACCACUCUUAAAAAAAUAAACAAAUAAAAGUGGAAAGAGAGUUGUAAUAAAGGAGAAAUAAAAAGGAAA